AUGCAGGCUUCAUCCGUGUCUCCUUCCCUCUCGUCUGUCUCCUUGCGGUCUCUUUCUACGUCCGCGAGCUCUCCUGGGGGCGCCCUCCGAGCAGAAGGUUCUGAAGAAGACGGGCGAGAAAGCGUGUGCGGCCUCUCCCCCGAUGCACCCGCUUUGGCGUAUCAAGUCCUCGAGAGCCGCGCGAGACCGGUGCGCCGCGACGCGCCUGCGCUCCUUGUCGUCCACGGCCUUCUGGGCAGCAAGCGCAACAUGCGGAGUUUCGCCGCUCUUUUAAAUUCCCCAAAAAUCGUCGCUGUCGACUUGCGAAACCACGGCGAGUCGCCGUGGAGAGACAGCAUGCGCGUCUCCGAUCUCGGCCACGACCUCGUCCACAUGCUCCACUCGAAGCCCGAUCUCUUCUCUCCGCCUUCGUCUCUGUCGCCUCUCUCUUCUUCGCUGGAUUCCUCGGGCGCCGUGCCUCGCAGCGCUGGAGACGUCGUGUUGAUCGGCCAUAGUUUGGGGGGGUUAGCCGCCAUGUAUGCAGCUCUGCAGGCGCCUCGGCAUGCGUGUGGAACGGGGACAGAGUGCACGCGGGUGAAAGGUCUGGUGGUGCUGGACAUUGCUCCAGCGGACUACUCUCAGUCCCGGCACGACGCGCAGCCGAUCACCUCGAAGCAGGUGGUGAGCAUUCUUUGCGACUUGCCGAUGAGUGCGUUCGACGACAAGCUCCAGCUGGAGCGAACCUUGGGAGCAACGGAUCCACCCUUGCCGCCUGCAAUGGUCAAGUGGCUGAUGACUGCUGUGAAGGAGAGGCGCGAGAAGAAGCCUGCAUCCAGUCCCUGGAGAGAGACCGGGAGGCCGUCGCGCACUGCGGACAAAACUCUCAAGAAAGACGAAAAAGUCGCGCUCGCGUGGGAAAUGAAUCUCCAAGCAAUCAAGCGCAUGCUCCAGACCAAACAGCUGAGGUGGCCAAGCGAAGACUUUGGCAGCCGAGGCGCCUCAGACGGGAGUGUCGACUCCCCUGACAACGAGACCGUCGAACGUGAAGCAACCGAAGGCGAAGCCAGCGGAGGUGAAGGAAACGCAGGUGGUGAGAAGCACACGCGCGCUGUGUUUGACGGGCCCGUGUUGUUUGUUAAAGGCGCAAACUCGCAGUAUGUGGAUCUGAAGCGGGACUGGGAAGCCAUUCUGCGCUACUUCCCGAGGGCGAAACACAGGACUGUCCAGAACGCGGGGCACUGGCUGCAUGCGGAGCAGCCGGUCCAAACGGCAGAGUUCAUCAACGAGUUCCUCCAGCAACUGUGA